GUGUGUUGGACCGCGGGGCGGCGCCACACGCGGCCAGCCAGGUGUCAGCUGCUCCUGCCACACUUGCGACGCAGAUAACCCACUCCAGCAGGUACCCGCUCUUCCACACCAUGUCAUCCACCGAGGAAAUUGAAGUUAAAGCUGGACAUCCUCCUGCGAUGAAGGUAGGUGGGGUACGCAUUCCUCAGCGAAGGAGGAGUGCAGAAGAGAAGGAAGGAACCCCACCUAAACCAAGAAAGGAUAGUGAAAAUGAUGAGGAGGAUGAUGAAGAGCAACUUGUGGCAAAGAGCCCUCCAAGAGCUCCAAUAGUGGUGUCAGGUGUAGUUGGCAAAGUGGAUAGAGACUUUCCCACAGCAGCAGUAAAGCACACACAUGAGAAGCCAGUACCCACUCAUGAAGUACGUACUGCCCAUAAUACAAAGCCACCAGUCAUUCAGCAACCCAGGAAGUAGAGAAGAAAUAUUAAAUGUCCAUAUGCCAUUCAGGAUGUUAGCCGUCUCAUCUCCUAACUGCCUGUGACCAGGAUACAAGUAUUGGGGCUAUGUAUUAUAGCCAAUAAGGACCAAAAUAUUUGAGUGAUAGUAUUUGUGCAGAUAUUGAUAAAUAGUUGGAUAAAAAAGAAUGAGUAUUCUUUGAUAACUUACAGUUUGUAGUUCGACCUUAACACAACUCGCUCAAAUAUUCAGGGUAAGAUUGCCAGGUACUCACUGUUAAUGUUGGUAGUGAUGGAAUAAAUAGGAAUCUUUUGUUUCCAGUGUAACACUGAGAAGGAUUAUUCGGAAGUGAUCACCCAAUUACUUUUGUAGGUGUGUGUGUACUUUUACAGUUGUUAAGGCUACUGUGCUUAAUAUUACAGUAAAUGAUGUGACUUUAAUGUAGUACAAAUACACUAUGGUUGCGUGAUAAUUAAAAGGGGUAAUCUAUACUAGCAGACUAUCAUUAAUAAUUAGCUUAUAUUGUUUAAAAAGCUGUUAAAUCAAUGGUGCACAGUUAUAUAUGGUGCACAUCCUAGCAAUAUUGAAUUCAACUGUAGCCACAUUGGAGUGCUACUGAUAUUUAAAUAUCAAUGGGUGACUUAAUCAUUGACUUGGAUACUAGCAAGAUAUUUCAUAUAUAAAAUAAGAGCUUGGCAUAUUGUUGCCAAGAAUAAAUAACAUAAAGCAGUAUGGUAAGUUGCAGAGAUUUUUCAUUUUGAACAAUGGUUUCCAGUAUUGUGAACAGGCAGCCCAUUAGUUUAUUGAGGUCUCCUAAUGUUUAUGACUGAUCUUUCCCAGGAUGCUACCCAUAAGUUACCAAAUUCCUAGGUUCUGAUUUAUUGCCAGGUGAACAGAGGCAUCAAGUGUAAUGGAAAUUGCAAAAACAUCUCAUCCAUCAUAAUACAGUACAGUAAUUGAAUCCAGGACCAUUGGUUGUGAGCAGAAUUUGCUACAGGGCACCUUAAUUAUGAUCUAAUUCUUACCAUAUUGGACACGCAUGAUAAUUGCAUAAAAUCUUUAUUCCAGCAUCAUUACAACAAUGAAACUAAAAUUUAGUUUACUGUGGUUGUGGAAAAAAGAAUAUACAGUACUGUAAUAGUUGUUUGGGACAGCUAUGAUAGGUACUAGAUGCCCCCUUAGUUGGUCAUUCAUCACAAACCUUUUGCAUAUAAUUGUACUGCCACUUUCCUAUAUUUGGGUCAAAUAUAGUGCUUGAAAAGCUUUAGAAGUUAAACUUCAUUGUAGUUAGUAUUUUGAUACAGACCAAACAACUCGAGGAGAAAUUUCAGUCGUUCUAUUCAGCUAUUUGUAGUUAAGGUUUACAUUUAUUUCCAAAUACAAAUGCUUGAUAUUUUCCUCAUGAUGUAGUGAUGCAGGUUGAGUUUCAUUGCAUUUGUAAGACCCCAGCUAUAUUUACACAUUAAAAUACAUAAAUUAAGAACUUUUAUGUAAAAAUGGUGCAAAUAUGUUUUUGUUGGGUAUUUUUUCUCUUGGGUAGGGUGAAGGGGGAAAAUCUUUGUGGGGUUAGUUAGUUUUUUGUUUGUUUAUAUUUAAUCUAUAAAUGGCCUUUGUAUAUAAAACUUAUAUUAAGCUUGAAACUAUAAGUAAUGGGUAACUUGCAGCCAAUAAUUAUACAGUAUAAAGAUUUGUCAUACUAUUUUAUAUAACUUAUUAUUUCACUGAGAAGUUUAUACAGUACACAGCCAUGAAGACUUUGAUGUCACAGUGUGGGAAGUCAUAAGCUACAUUACUGUCAUCAGUUCUUGUCUAGUUUAACACUUUUAUAUAAUUUUACUUGACAGGAAAAAUGGUAAUUUGUAAUGGAAAUAAAAUUUGUCUUUAAAGAUGAGAAGGUGGUGUUCAGGGAGCUUGUUUGAAUCAACAUGGAACUCAGGAGCUAUAAUUGUCUUUGCUUCUAAUUACUGUAAAGUUUCUUGGUUGUGUGAAGAAAUUAUAUAUUGACCUUUAUAUAUUGGUGCUUCUCCUUUUUGUUAAAUUAUUCCACUGUAUGGGAUUAAGUACACAGUUCAAAUAUAGUAUUCAGAAUGUCUUUAUCAGUGAAAAGGAAAAUUAAAUUAGGAUCGUUCCAUUAUGUUGUACAGCUAAGUACACAGUUCAAACUUUAAAUAGACUUGUGUAAACAAUGAUUAUCCAUUUCACGGUCUUCUUUAUUAUGUCAUUUUAUGAAAGAACAGCGAUCAUUCAUUUCAUAAUUGAGAGCCCUCCAUCUAUCCAGUGAACUGGAUAUAACAUGUGCUAUAAAUUGGUUGUCAUUAUCUAUGAAUUAUAUUUCUUAGAUUUAGGUAAGGUAAAUUUUAUUGGAAGUUUAUUAUACGUAUUGGCCAUCCUGCUUUUUGACCAAACCUGUACCAAAUACUGAAAAAAAAAAGUUUGGCAUUGUGGAUGUAUCCUCAUGUUCCCUCAAUAAUACUGAAAAUGCACUACAAUAUAGGUGUAAUAUAUGUAAAAGAAAAAAAUUACGGGCACGUACUUUGACCUCAAGAUGACUUCGGUGGGUGGAUGCCAGGCUAGUUUGAUGAAAUAUGAUACCCCCAAUCAGUAUGACAUUUUCCAAAGUAGAUAUGGUGCAGUGGACGGCUCAGUCCCUGCCCUUCCCCUUCUCGUCUUCAGAUGACAAAGCAGUCCCUGCUUUCCACCUGCAGAUUGGUGGAUUUUGGGGAUGGGUAAGUUUAUUGGCCUCUCACAGCCCAGAGAUGGGGAGGAUGUUGGACCAGAAAUGUAACUGUUGUACAUAUAAUAUCUACAACCUUUUAGACCAACCAGGCAGAUAUGUACUGGAACACAGUAUCAAGCGGCUAUAUAUAUAUAUAUACACAUGUAUGUUUGUGUAUAUAUAUAUAUAUAUAUAAAUAUAUAUAUAUAAUAUAUACAUUAAAUUAUUGGCAAGUAAUUUGAGGUGAAGCCAAUACCAGGACCAGCACAAGGCAAAGGCUGGGGUGACAAGAUUAACAAGUCCUUGUUGCUCCAAGGCAAAAUGUUCUUUGCCAAGUUGGAGGCAUAUUUAUGAAGGCUCUGGAGCUUGACUAAUAUUAACAUCUCUAAGGAUGCUUUGGGAAUGGUAAACCAAGUUGGAUUGCUGUGCCAGUCCAACUUAGGCACUGUGGCAUAUGCUGAUCCUUUGCUCCUAAUUGUGGUGUAGGUAUAGAACAGUUGUGGUAUUGGGCAGGUCAUUAGAGACGAAUGUAGUUGGACUGUUUGAACAGAAGUCAGAAAAUGGGAUGGCCACUUCACUGUAAGUAAGUAGUGUGCAAUUUAACUAGUCUAGCUUUUGGUGUAGCUAGUCAUUUCAGUUCUGCAGAUGAAUUUUUAAGGCAUAAAAUGCCUUAAACAUUCCUUGCCUUGCUACUAAAUUCAUCUAUUGUGGUUUUUUUGUUGCUUGUAGUAUUUUUAAAAAGUUCUUAUAUUUCUAUUAGAUUUGCAUUCUUUAAUGACCAUUUUUAUUUGUCAAAAUACUGUGGCCAUUUUUCUAAUAUAUUUAAAAAAUAUUUUUUUCAAUGUAUGAUAUUCAUUAUGGUUUAAAUAUACAGUGAUUGUGUGCUUAUUAACUAUGUGUUGUGAGUUCUGGAGCUUACGUUUUCUGUUUUUUAUAGCAAUAUACAAUCUAUUUGAUGUGUACAGUAUCACAACCUUUGUCAAGUAUGGGGUAUAAAAUUAAUUUUAUUUGUCUAACCUUACUGUUCAAGGUUGAUACUGUAUUAUGGAUGUGCUCGGUACUAAAUUGUUUUGGAAAAUUUUUAAGCAACAUCAUGUUUAAUAAAAAAGCAACUGAUAUGAUGUUCUUUUGCCUGUUGGUUUGAGUAAAAAUCUGCAAAUAUGA